AUGCCAUCUCAAUAUGCUGCUGCAUAUGCCAACCCUCAGGGAGCUGGGGAUGCUCGUCCAACCGCCGAUCAGAUCAUUCAGGACGAAGGUGUUGCGGGCCAGUGGAAAGGUCGGGUGAUUCUUAUUACCGGCGCAUCUGCAGGAAUCGGGAUUGAGACCGCUCGCGCUCUUGCCAAGACCGGUGCCACCCUGUAUCUUGCUCAGCGGAGUCCCGACAAAACCAAGGCUGCGCUAGGCGAUCUUCUCGCUUCCGGCCAGGCACAUCUGCUUCACCUUGAGAUGGAGUCUCUGGAGAGUGUCCGCCAAUGUGCUUCUGAGUUUCUUUCAAAGGAGACGAAGCUUCAUGUCCUCAUCUGCAACGCUGGCGUCAUGAUGACUCCCGAAGGCCGUACCGUCGAUGGUUUCGAAACCCAAAUCGGUGUCAAUCACUUGGCUCAUUUCCUCCUCAUUCAGCUCCUCAAGGACGCCUUGAUCGCUGCAUCUACCCCCGACUUCAAUUCUCGCCUUAUCAUACUUUCGUCGAGUGCUCACCGAGACGGCGAAGUGGACUUCAAGAACAUCAACCUGGAAGGAGCAUACGAUCCUUUCAAAGCAUACACCGCCAGCAAAACAGCCUGUGUCUGGACCGCGAAUCAUUUCGAGCGUCUCUAUGGUUCCAAGGGCGUUCAUGCUUGGAGCGUCAACCCUAGUGUUGUUCGCACAUCACUAGGUCGUUUCAUGGGCGAAGAAAACAUCGCAGCGGCUUUCGAGAACGAGGAGGUUGUCAAAGAGAACCGCAGCGUUCCUCAGGGAGCUGCGCCUACGGUAUGGGCCGCUACAGCGAAACAGCUCGAAGGAAAACCCGGCCAAUAUGUCGAAAACUGUGACAUCCCAGGACCAUGGGAUCGUCAAACCGGUCACUACGGGCCUGGCUACUGCGAGUGGACCUACGAUGAGGAAAAGGAAAGACGCCUGUGGGCACUAUCAAUGCAGAUGGUUGGAUUGGCUUGA